AUGAGUUUGGAUGAGCGUCGGGCACUCGAAGCGCUGAAAGAGGACAAUAAUAGCACCAUCGAUGGCUGGCAGGAUGACUACGAUGACUUCAGCUUUGGCAACGUCUGCGAUGGAACAGAGCCGCUCGCCAUCAGCCAUGCUGGUGGCGAGUUCACUGACCUUGCAAGAGAGGUUCUAGGAGACUUUUGGAAAACCAGCAACAAUCGUGUUCGACGGGUGGAUAACCGCACCCGUCGUGAUCGUGUCCUCCGUAGGAACAAGGCGUUUGCUGAGCAGCUGCCAGCGAUAACGGACGCGUACCUUGCGUGGAGCCUGGCAAAAUGUAAGGAAGGGUUUUUUGAGAGAUUGGAGAGGGAGAACCUAGGGCUGGAUGGCUUUGACUACGGUCAGUGGCCGAUGAGCGUGAUAGACGUGUUCUACGCUGAGAAAGUCAUUCUUCGAAUCUUGCCAGCAGACGCCACUAUCAGCAGUGCGCUCGUUCGUCAAGGCGUGAUGCCUUGUUCACCAAUAUCACCGACUGUCGGGAUCACCACCGAAGCUCUGGACUUAUACCGUGUAGCACAUCUUAGGAGCCCUCAAUUGUCUAUCCAGGCUUUCGUCAAGACUAUGUGCGACUUACAUGGUGUUAGUUUCCACAGACAUCUAUCUCGACAAUUCUCGAUUGCGUUCGAUUUAUAUCUUCAAGUUCGACGCUCCGUGGCAGCCAUGGUAGCCGAAUCGUUACGACGCAACACGCCUGAUUGGCGCGUGAAACACGCCUGUCCCGCAUGUACAUAUAAACUGACGGAUGAACCCGAGUUGACAUUUAGCUUACUCUACGCUAUGGACGGUAACGACUCUUUAAAAAGAGUCCUUCGAAGAUCCUUGGAUACUGACGAGUCCCUCGGUACAUCUUCAGAACUUCCAACAGGGCAGCAACUGGCAAGUGACCGCUACCUAUCCCGCACUUUUGUAGAUCAGUUCGCGCGGGACUCCACUACUGCAGGUGAUGAGGACGCACAUCUCGAGAACUUGUGCGAAGCGCGCUGGAAGAACAUGGACGAUACGAAGACCAAGAAAGCAUGGGGCAUUUACGACGAAACGGGCAUUUUUGUGGCCGUGUGCCGCCACGGAUUCUCUCUCCUUGUUGCAGAUAUGGUACAGAGCGGGGAGCUCGCAAAGUAUCCUCUAGCCGUUGUCUCAAAGUUGCUGGACGUAUUUGGAAGCAAUCUGGGCGGUGGAUAUGACAUUGGAUGUCAAUUCAAGACCACGCUUGACAACAGUUCCCUCGGACCCCUCGCACGGUCUAUGCAUCACACUUGUCUUGUCGGCGCCUUCCACGGACAUGCGCACCGGCGAUUGUGCCAACUGUACUCGCUUACCACUUACAUCAAAGGUUUAGGACUCGAAGAUCUCGAGACUUGCGAACGGACGUUUUCAAAAUCCAAUUCCUUAGCGUCGGCACUACGGUACGCAAGCGUCUUCCAUAGACAACAGGCCAUCGACACCUACUUCGAGCACAAUGAUGAUUUUGAAGUCUACGCUAAUCUUUCCGACUUUUUAUACAACAAUUACAAGCAGGCGCUUGAUAUCUUGAGCGACGGAGACGCGACCCUACCAAACCUUAUGCGAGAUCUCAAAGUUACGGACGUAGCAGUUUUCGAGGGCUGGCUGGCGGAAGAAAAGGUAUAUCUUCAAAGUCUGAUGCGAGAACCCGAGGUCGAAACUCUGCAGAUGGAAUAUUGGCAGAAGUUAGUUAAUCUUACUGCGAGCGAGGAAAUUCUACGCGCUUCAAUGACAUCAUUCCAGGGCUCAUCGCACCUCGAGGCUGUGCCAUACGAUGCGCACGUCAAGAAUACUCGCAACGCUGAGACUGCCCGACGGCAUGCUUUGGAGGACCAUGAGAGAUAUUUGAAGCUCGUCCAGGCACUGGAGUGCAAGCUCGAGGUCGAGAAACGCUGGACUCCGCACGAUGGAGAGUGGCAGAGGGUUGGGAGGCUCGUGGCCAAUCGGAAAUACCAGCGUGCCCUGGACCGUCUCGAAGGAUUAAUUGUGGCACGCAUAUUUGAGCUAACGAGGAUGAACCGUGCGGGCACAGGCUACAAACUGCGAAAGCAUAUCGCUAAGGCGUUACAAACGCGUUCCGUCGCCAUCAGAACUGCCCUCACCACAUACAACACUAUUGCUGGGUCAAUGCACCCUCCCCGCCGGACGCUUAAGUGGGAUGAGGUCGUAGAGUAUGCGUUCCUCGCAGACUUCGACUUACUACGUGAUACGCGCGUGGACAUAUCUCGACACCCGUGGUCAUCGACCGCUGCUCGUAGCGCGAUGGACCUCUACUUCAAAACGUGUCGUGCUCGUGAAGAGAUCGAGCGUCUCGAUAUUGAGGUACGACGCCUCAUUACCUAUAUACGCGAUGAAGAGAGGUAUCUACGGGAAUGCGAGAAUCAGUUACAAGCCACCAGCCCAGCCCUUGCACAUCAAAUCGCCAUCCACCGAAACACUCGAGGUCGCUUCAACUCACGACAUCUCAAACGACUCUACGACAUUUCGAAGCUUCCAGGUUUCAGAGGGACGCUAACCCCUGGUGUCAGUGCGAACACAAGUCCCGGCGAGAGCGCGAGUAUAGCUAAUGCACAGAUCCCCACCCGCAUGAUUGUUCAACCCCCGCCUGUUCAUCACACCGCAUCGUCCUUAGCCGUAGACACCCAGGAUGACCUGGAUGACGAGGAGGAAGAGGACGAGGUAGUGGAGCAAGUAUCUAGGAGUUUACAGGACGUCCUCCUUGUUGCGGAUGACUUUUCACGCCUUGGAAUUCAUGGUGAUGCUGAGGAGUAG